AUGAACUCCCAAACAAUAAUUGAUUUGAACCCGAAUAUCCCGCAACAUGACCUUGCUGAAAUUCUGAAGCAGAAUGAUUUAGAGACUCUCAAAGAAGCUCUUCGCAAUGGAGGCAAUGUGAAUGAACGAGAUCCAAACGCUGAGUAUUCAAUCUUCGAGCAAGCCUGUUUGACACCCGGAAGGAAGGAUUUUAUCGCAGCUUGUAUAGAUAAUGGUGCUCUUGUAGCAGAGAUCAAUCCAAAGACCAACGAAUAUCCCAUUCACUUAGCAGCGCUGUCCGAAGACUGUGAGAACUUGUCCGCGCUGCUCGAGGGCCCUCGUAUAGUGAUCGAUCAGAAGUUUGAAGAUCGUACCGCGUUGUUUCUGCUGUUCGAAAAGCUAUCUGGAGAUAAUUAUGAAAAAGUGUUUGAGUGCAUUAAGCUGCUGUUGAGUCAUGGUGCCAACAUUAAUGCAACUAACCAAAAUGACGUGUCACCAAUACAGAUGCUUGCGAUGAAAAAUGAAAACUGGCGCAAAGAUAUUCUCGAAUACUGUUUCAACAACCACUAUGGCAUUAACGUGGACUUCCGCAACCAAAAAGCGCGGAAAUUGAUCGAAAAGAAUUUCCCUGACGUCACCAUCCCACAUUAUGACAUGGAGAACAUAACGGUUGAGGUUCUCAAAAGCAAGCUGUUGGCUAGUGUGGAAGAAGAUUUCCUAGAAGUGUUCCGAAAGUUCGGUGCCCAAACAGGGGCACUUGCUGAUAAUGAUUUCAAGGAUUUGUUCUCGUUGGCGGUGUACCAUGUAAAGCUGGAGGCUGCUAAAAUGCUAGUUGAACCGAAGAUGAACAACGGAAUGUUGCCCGAUGCGUCUUUACUACUCUCAGGACUCUUGGCCAAAUGCUGUAACCGUGGCAAUGUCGAUAUGCUGCAGUGGCUGCUGAGCAUUAUUCCGAAGAAUGAAAUUGGUUUGAUUAACGAGGAUGCGUUGCUGUCUCUACUGGUGAAACAGAUCGAUGUGUCCAAAGAUAAGAAUAAGUGUCCUUACUUCAAAAUCAUGAAACUGCUGCUUGAGGACGGGAGGAUCGACAUCGAUAAGCCGGACAGCACCACCAAACGGACUGCUCUACAUUAUGCGGUGAAGUACAAGAUCGACCAUGCGCAACAGCUAUUGCUGGCUAAGGGAACCAGCGUAAGUGUUGAGGACAUGUUCUCCGAGUUGCCAAUCUCUGACAUGGAUCCCUUCCUGCUGGAAAAGCAUCUCGACUCGUGUGUGUCAUCGAACGAUCGAAAACCGGGAGAUGAUGACUACGAAGUGAAGAUAGACUUGGCGAAUUUCGUCCCACCAGCUCCCAGCGCAAACUAUUUGGACUAUGAAAUGUUGCCAAUACUUCAUAUGGCGCAACAAUCUGACAUGAAGCAUCUACUACGACAUCCAGUGAUAUCCAGUUUGUUGUUGCUGAAGUGGUUCAAGCUGAAAAUGUUCUUCUACGCUAAUUUGCUGGUUUGUUCGUUGUUUUUCGUGACCUUCAUCUUCUAUGUGGUGUUCUGGCAUGGAAGAGAUGAUAUUUUAGCUAAAUGGACCUUCUACGGCCUGUCCUUAUUUCUUCACCUCUGUUUGAUACUAAGGGAACUGUUCCAGAUUUUAUUAAACAUGCAAAUGUACGUACGAUCUGCAGAAAAUUAUAUGGAGAUUGCCUUGAUAGUUGGAGCUGCUUUGGUAUUGUGGUUCAAUCUCAUCGAAGUAUAUCGACAAGUUAUCUCGGCUCUGGUUAUAAUCAUGAUUGCUUUUGAAUUAACAUUGCUGAUAGGAACGCUUCCCCGAUUAUCUAUCACAACUUAUGUGGUGAUGCUGAAGACGGUUUCUAAAAAUUUCUUGAAAUGCCUGGGACUGUUUUCGAUCCUUCUUUUUGCAUUCGUCUUCAGCUUUUAUACAUUAUUUCGCGAAAGUGAUUACAGGCAGCCGACCGAUACCAGUCAUGCACAUGUUUUCAAUAAAUUCCACAACAUUUCCCUAGCUUUUAUAAAGGUAGCAGCUAUGAUGAUAGGAGAGCUUGAGGCGUCCAACUUUGAAUUCAACGACUUCAACUGGAUUGUGUUUGCACUUUUCCUGUUUUUUGUCCCAUUAGUACUGAACAGUCUGAUCAAUGGUCUCGCAAUUAGUGAUAUAACGAAGAUCAAGGCCGAAUCAGAAAUAACAGCCCUUACAGAGAAAGUGUUCAUGAUUCACAAGCACGGAAACGGCAGUAAGGCGCCUGAGUGGUUUAGAAAACAUUUGCCUCGGAUCCGGAACACCGUGUCGCUUCCACACAUUGUUAUCAAGCCAAACAAAUCGAAUGCGAUCUGGAUGCCGGCACCGGUGGAGCGUGGAUUGUUGGUUCCUAAAGCAGAAUCAGAUGGCCCCACGGAAUCUGAAUCCCGUCGGAUGCUGACAGGAACGGACGAACCACAUAGUGGCAAAUGGGUGGAGUUUAGCCAUGGGAUGGAUGGUAAAAUAGUGAAACACGCUCUAAACAUUUUGUAUCCACCCAAACGUAAUCGAGCGGAAUGCUAA